GCAAAAUGUGGCGUAUCACUCGACCAAAGUGGUGCCGGGACUAGCAAGUUCUGGGAGAGAGAGAGAGAUGGCGACUGCUUCUUCGAUGCUCAGAUCAACCGCCGAAAAGGUGGGACCUGCCGUCCGGAAACAAGUCCUAACGUUAACGGACGCCGCGGCGGCUAGGAUACGCCACCUCUUGCAACGCCGGCAACGCCCUUUCCUCAAACUCGGCGUGAAGGCUCGCGGCUGCAACGGUUUGUCCUAUACCCUCAAUUAUGCUGAUGAGAAAGGCAAGUUUGAUGAGUUGGUUGAGGACAAGGGUGUGAAGAUAUUGGUUGAUCCUAAGGCCCUCAUGCAUGUGGUGGGAACCAAGAUGGAUUUUGUUGAUGACAAACUCAGAUCUGAGUUUAUAUUUAUCAAUCCUAACUCUAAAGGGCAGUGUGGCUGUGGAGAAUCUUUCAUGACAACAAGCAGCACCGAGGCUGCUAAGAUGGGUAGAUCGUGACAUGUUUGUAGUAACUGAAUACAAACUUGCAAGAACCACUUAUACAUGGCUAUGACAAAGAGUUAGCUUAUGUAGAUCUCAUUGGCAAAGGAAAAAAUAUCAAGGUCUAGCGAUGGCCGGUGAUCUUUGGGUUUCUUAUGUACAUGGUUGUCACAUCCACGUUAUCUGCAACUAGAACAACUCCUGUCUGCUUUUUGUAAAUAUGAAAUAAAAUUUCUUUUUUUUCUGUUUAAGCUUUGGUCAAUUAACUUUAUGAUUGCAGAGAAACUGACAAUCAAAUUAGUAGUGCUUUAUUUAUGA